GCCGGGCGCUCGCUCCCCAGGCCACCGCGGCUCCCUUGUUCCGCUGGGGCCUCCGGACGCGCUCCCCGCGCAGGUCUCUGGAACACUCGGGCCGAACGUAAGCCCGCUUGCACUCACACUGCAGUUCAUACCCGCAGGCGCGCUUGCACCCACAUUGCCGCUCACGCGCGCUCACACUCCCCCACGCGCGCUCCACUCCCGCUCCAGCCCCGAGCCCCGCGAAGGCGCAGGCACCGCCGCCGAGAGCGCCAAGGGGCCCCACGGCCUUCCCAUGGCGGACCUAAGCUUCAUCGAAGAUACGGUCGCCUUCCCCGAGAAGGAAGAGGAUGAGGAGGAAGAGGAGGAGGGUGUGGAGUGGGGCUACGAGGAAGGUGUUGAGUGGGGUCUGGUGUUUCCUGAUGCUAAUGGGGAAUACCAGUCUCCUAUUAACCUAAACUCAAGAGAAGCUAGGUAUGACCCCUCACUGCUGGAUGUCCGCCUCUCCCCAAAUUAUGUGGUCUGCCGAGACUGUGAAGUCACCAAUGAUGGACAUACCAUUCAGGUUAUCCUGAAGUCAAAAUCAGUUCUUUCGGGAGGACCAUUGCCUCAAGGGCAUGAAUUUGAACUGUAUGAAGUGAGAUUUCACUGGGGAAGAGAAAACCAGCGUGGUUCUGAGCACACGGUUAAUUUCAAAGCUUUUCCCAUGGAGCUCCAUCUGAUCCACUGGAACUCCACUCUGUUUGGCAGCAUUGAUGAGGCUGUGGGGAAGCCGCACGGGAUCGCCAUCAUUGCUCUGUUUGUUCAGAUAGGAAAGGAACAUGUUGGCUUGAAGGCUGUGACUGAAAUCCUCCAGGAUAUUCAGUAUAAGGGGAAGUCCAAAACAAUACCUUGCUUUAAUCCUAACACUUUAUUACCAGACCCUCUGCUGCGGGAUUACUGGGUAUAUGAAGGCUCUCUCACCAUCCCACCUUGCAGUGAAGGUGUCACCUGGAUAUUAUUCCGAUACCCUUUAACUAUAUCCCAGCUACAGAUAGAAGAAUUUCGAAGGCUGAGGACGCAUGUUAAGGGGGCAGAACUUGUGGAAGGCUGUGAUGGGAUUUUGGGAGACAACUUUCGGCCCACUCAGCCUCUUAGUGACAGAGUCAUUAGAGCUGCAUUUCAGUAGCCAAAGAGGACAGGAACCCUAUCUUCAUGAGGGUAUGUCCAGAUUAAGUAAGGAAAAUGAGGUGCACAGCUACUUAAACCUAGCAUACCAAAGGUACACUUACGGUGAUCCUGGUAAUUUAGUAAUAAAAACAUAUGUACUUCAUCUUGAUAAAAUUUAUGACACAUUCUUGAGCUCUGUUAAUUACAGGUCAAGUAGUUAUUUUAAUCUUAUGCAGUAUUGAAGAAAAACUACGAUUAUAUUUUCCUAUCAGAGUAGCCUUUAAUUCCAAGUUUUGGUGGCUUUCAUAAGGAAAGACACCCUGAGGCCCAGAAAAAGUGACAUGCAUACCUCUUUAGUAACUUACCAUGUUGUCCCCUUGAAGCAGCACGAGUCAUGUCCCAGUGACCAAGGAGCACACAGGAGGGGGCUUGGGGAACAUGUGAGCCUCAGUGUGGAUCCUACUUGUCUCCUGCACAAUUGAUCCUCUUGUUUCUCAGGGUAGGGAGCAUAUCUGGCAUGCAUUGAAAUACUUCUUCUAUGGAAGUGCUUUUUAUUUGAUAAAUUGAGAAGCAGUUAUUAAUUAUCUAAAUAUGGUACACUGUUGGUUGAAACAUUAUAUAUUUUAAUAUACUGAAUUCAAUGUAUGUAUUCCUUACUCUUAAGGAACUAACAAAAUAAAAUAUCACAAACGUGUAAGAGAUAAAAUAUUAAAAAAGACUAUAUAUUGGAUUAUUUCUUUACCUUGUAAAUUAACUAAGAGUGUAUAGGUCAUUGUACAUCAUUGGCAAACCAUAGCUUCCUAAGGGGAAAGCAUCUGUUGGAAUGGAACCUAGGGAAGCAGCGAAAUCUCAUCUCUAUAAACAAUUAAAAAAUUAGCUGGGUGUGGUAGCAUACACCUGUAGUCCCAGCUACUCAGGAGGCUGAGGUGAGAGGAUCACUUGAGCCUGGCAGGUGGAGGCUGCAGUCAGCUGAGAUCGCACCACUGCACUCCAGCCUGUGUGACAGAGUGAGACCAUGUCUCAAACAACAUAAAACAAAACAAAAAAACAAAGAAGUCUGUCAGGUAGCCGAGGUGACAGAUGCGGAGGCUUGGACACUAGAAUAGAAACAGUGGAGGUGGAGAGAAGUUAAUGUAUGUGAAAUAGAAAUCACAGGUUCUAGCUCAUGAUGAAUUGGAUGAGGGGUGGAAGGAGAUGGAAGUGUCAAAGAUAACUUCUGGGGUUUUACACUUUGGAAACCCUGGAUGGAGUGUCACUGAGUGGCAGUGGGAAAGCUGCGGGGAGGCCCUGUUUGGUUGAAGAUGAAGAGUUGAGUUGCAGCACAGUGAGUGAGAGAUGCCUGUCAGCCAAACUGCAAUGGUGGACUCUGGUCGUGAAAGUCAUUAGAAUUUCCAGAGUAGAGAAGAGAAAACAAGUCUGGGUUGAAAUAGGGAAGUAUUGGGUGUAGACAUUGUAUAUGUUCAUAUAAUGCUCUGAUGGAUCUAAUGGAGUUACUUAAUUAAGUGUGUAUAAAAUCUUGUGGGAGGCUUUACAGGCAAGUUAGCCAAGACACAGAGAAGUUAGGCUACGGCCCAAAGUAAUACAGUUAUUGACCAGUGGAGCCAAAGCAGAUCCAGGUAGCUUGACUGGCAGACCCCUUUUUCUUCACCACGACAUGGGCAGAGGUUAAAGAGUUCUGCCACACUGGCGUUUGAGUGGCACAUCAAGGAGGGAUUCUGUUGCAGCAGGCUGAAGGACAUAGGAAGGGAGGAGCUGGAGACUCCAGGUCGCAGCCACCUUGGUGGGCUGGGCUGGAGUGGGGCAGGAGGCCACAGCAACAGAGAGGGGGUGGGAUUGAGGAAAUUUUUUUUUUUUUCUUUUUUAAACAAAAGAAAUAGAACUUGUCUAUAUACUGGGGGAUGGAAAAGGAGCAAGCAGAUGGAGAGAGGCUGAAGGUGCUGCUUUUGGGAGGAGCUGGAGCAGUGAAGUCUGAAAAGUGGAAAGGGAUGAAAUCCUAAACACACAGGGAGCCUGGCUUUUGCUGAGAGGAUGGGCACUCUCUGUGCUGCAAUGGGAAGGAAGAAAGAAGGAGGUGGUAGUUUAGAGCUGCUGUGUACCCAUGACUUGCUCUUAUCAUUUAAUGAUGAAUGGGACAGGUGCUAGGAGCAGGAGAACAGCAGGGAAGAUAGGAUAGGAGCAGAGGAAAAGGGAAGGAUGUGUUCAUAGGAGAGGCCAAGAGGCAGCGGGGGUGGGAUGAGGGUUGCAAAGCGUGAAUGCAUGCAUUUAUCCAGUCUAGGUUUAGUUAGUAUACUCCCUGUGAAUGUGAAUAACUGUAAAUGAUACUUUUAAUGAAGGGAGAUUAUUCCUUUGAAUAUUUGGUUUGUAUCUGGUCCUAGACCAGAGUUGCCAUUCUCUAAAUAUCUAAAUUACUAUUAUUAUUUUCUGUCUCUCUUUUACACACACACACACACACACACACACACACAGAGAGAGAGAAAAACGUUGUUUAUGAGAUUUUGUAUAUUUCACAUACUUUGUAUUCUUUAUAUGAUAGAUGAAUAAUGUGUAGUUUUUCAAAGUUUUGAGUUAAUUACAAUUUAGGUACUAUUUCUGAUAGGAAGAUGGAUUUGUAUUCUUAUCUUGGUGGCUGAGAUUACUUAAAGGGCAUAAUUUGCUCCCAAAUUCCUAAGAAUAGUACAGGAAUUCUAAGGUGACUCUAAUUCUGAUUUCAUUUUUUUAUGAAUACAUUUUUUAUCCUUUUAUCUUGAAAUGUGUAAUACAAAUCUAGUCAGAGUUCUAUAUAAAAAUUAUAUUGGGAAUCAGA